CCAGACUGGAGUGGUCUUUGUAAAGGAAAGCCAUGAUAUUACGGCAGGACUUGAUGAGGAAGCACAGGACAGAGGGACAGCUGAGUGGAGCCCGUUACUCUGAAGGAGCUAAGAUGGACAUUGCCACCCACUCAGUGCUGCUGAGGAGCCCAGGAGCUCCCAGCCCCACUACAGCUGUUCCUUACACGUCAGUGAAGUGCAUUGAUGUAAGAAAAAACCACCACAAAACCAAGUGGCUGAUGCCCUGGGGACCCAACCACUGCGAGAAGCUCAAAGACUUCGACGAGGCGGUGAGCCGGCAGAUCGAAGCCAACGACAUCGUGUUUGCUGUGCACAUUCCCCUCCCCAGCAAGGAGAUGAGCCCCUGGUUCCAGUUCAUGCUUUUCAUCAUCCAGCUGGACAUCGCCUUCAAGAUGGACAACGACCUAAAAGAAAACGCAGAAAUUACCCUGGAUGUGUCAUUAGCGUAUCGCGAUGACAUGUUUGAUGAUUGGGAAGAAAUAGCACACGCGGUAGAGAUCAGGAAGCUGAAAUGCACCUUUGGCUCACCAAAAACCCUGGACUCUGAAGGCCGUCACUACGACUGUGACUUCCUUCCCUUCAUGGAGAUAGGCAGCGUGGCCCACAAGUACUACCUCAUCAACAUCCGUCUCCCCGUCAACGAGAGGAAGGGCAUCAACGUGGGCAUUGGGGAGAUCAAGGAUAUCCGCCUCGUGGGCAUCCAUCAAAACGGAGGCUUUACCAAAGUGUGGUUUGCCAUGAAGACCUUCCUCACCCCCAGCAUUUUAAUUAUCAUGGUCUGGUACUGGAGACGGAUCACGCUGAUGACGCGCGCUCCUGUCCUGCUGGAGAAGGUCAUCUUUGCUCUGGGAAUUUCCAUGACGUUCAUUAACAUCCCCGUGGAGUGGUUUUCCAUUGGAUUUGACUGGACUUGGAUGUUGCUCUUCGGAGACAUUAGACAAGGUAUUUUCUACGCCAUGCUCCUGUCGUUUUGGAUCAUCUUCUGCGGAGAGCACAUGAUGGACCAGAAUGAGCGGAAUCGUCUCUCGGGGUACUGGAAGCAGGUUGGACCCAUUGCUGUUGGCUCCUUCUGCCUCUUCAUCUUCGACAUGUGUGAGAGGGGAGUGCAGCUGAAGAACCCCUUCUACAGCAUCUGGACCACUGAAGUUGGCACCGAGCUGGCUAUGGCCUUUAUUAUCGUUGCGGGAAUCUGCUUGUGUCUCUAUUUUCUCUUCCUGUGUUUCAUGGUCUUUCAAGUGUUCAGAAACAUCAGUGGCAAGCAGUCCAGCCUCCCAGCCAUGAGCAAGGCUCGCCGCCUUCAUUACGAGGGGCUGAUAUUUAGGUUCAAGUUCCUGAUGCUCAUUACCCUGGCCUGUGCAGCGAUGACAGUCAUCUUCUUCAUCGUGAGCCAGGUGACCGAAGGCCACUGGAAGUGGGGGGACAUAACGAUAGAAGUGAACAGCGCCUUCUUCACCGGCAUCUACGGGAUGUGGAACCUCUACGUCUUCGCCCUGAUGUUCCUGUACGCGCCGUCGCACAAGAACUACGGCGAAGACCAGUCGAACGGUGACCUGGGAGUAAACAGCGGGGAAGAACUUCAGCUCACCACCACCAUCACCCACGUGGAUGGGCCCACGGAGCUUUAUAAGCUGGCUCGUAAGGAGGCUCAGGAAUAACGCCAAGGUGGCCUCAGCUGGGACCCGGCGCGGGGUGGAGAGCAGAGGACAACCCAAGGCCCUGUGGCAGGAGACCCCUCUGACCUAACUUGCUUCUCGAGCACCCCGUACCUAGCGUAUUUUUCACAGAGCAGUGACACCGAGCAGAACAUUUGUAAACUCUUUAAUAUGGUGUAGUUAUUUCUGGGGGGAGGGAUAUGUAUAUUGUGUUACACUCAAGCACGUAAAAACCUGCUAAAAAAGCAUUAAGGUUGCAAAGUCGCACAUUGAGAAGGUAGGAGGGGGCAGAGCUGGCAUCGAGCAGUUUUUAUUUACUUUACACUGGUGUGUAAAGGUGGUGCAGGGAGCUCAGGCGGGGAGCAGCACGUAUUCAGCACUUCGAGUGUUCUUCUUGUGUGCAACUUUAAACAAGGUGUUGGUUGGGGGGGGGGAAACUAAAGCCUCAUUGUAAAAACAUUUUAAUUCCACCGUCUGUAAUUGUAUUGAACCUUGUUUGAGGUCUUCAGGGCAGUCCUGUAACUCGGCAGCAAACCUCUGUCACUUGA